UGAAUUUGGGUUUAAGAUAUUUUUGGUUUUUGGCAGAGUUCCCUUGUGGAUCUUCCUCUGAAGAAUUACUACAGAUAUGUUGUUCCAACCAUGGAUGAUUUCAGCAAUAGUGAUUCCUCAAUAAAUGGCCCAAAAGCCUUUUUUGCAAAUAUGCCAUUGUCCAAAACCCUCACCAUGAAUCUUGAUGUACCAGAGCCCUGGCUUGUUGAGCCUGUUGUUGCCGUUCAUGAUUUGGAUAAUAUUUUGCUUGAGAACCUGGGUGAGACGAGGACGUUGCAAGCAGUUUUUGAGCUGGAAGCUCUUGUCCUCACUGGUCACUGUUUGGAGAAAGAUCACGAUCCCCCUCGAGGCCUUCAGCUAAUUCUUGGAACAAAGAGUAUGCCUCACUUGGUUGAUACUCUUGUGAUGGCCAAUUUGGGUUACUGGCAGAUGAAAGUCUCUCCUGGGGUCUGGUACCUGCAACUUGCUCCUGGAAGAAGUUCUGAGCUUUACAUCCUUAAGGAAGAUGGUGAUGCAAGCCAGGGAAAAUCAUUGUCAAAACGUAUCACCAUAAAUGACUUGCAGGGUAAAGUAGUUCAUAUGGAAGUUGUAAAGAAGAAGGGCAAGGAACAUGAAAAAUUGUUGGUUUCUGAUGAUGAUCGUUCACAAGAAAAAAAAGGUAGCUGGAACUCUAACAUUCUCAAAUGGGCUUCUGGUAUUAUUGGUGGUACUGAGAAUUCAAAAAAAAAGGAAAGCACUUCCGUGGACCGUAGGAAGGGUGAACGACAGGGAGAAAUAAUUAAUAUAUUUUCUAUUGCUUCAGGACACUUAUAUGAGCGCUUUCUCAAAAUCAUGAUUCUAAGUGUCUUAAAGAACACCUGUCGUCCAGUGAAAUUCUGGUUUAUUAAGAACUAUCUCUCGCCCCAGUUUAAGGAUGUGAUUCCACAUAUGGCACAAGAAUAUGGUUUCGAGUAUGAAUUGGUCACCUACAAAUGGCCAACAUGGUUGCAUAAGCAGACAGAAAAACAGCGAAUUAUCUGGGCUUAUAAGAUCUUAUUCCUUGAUGUUAUUUUUCCCCUCUCAUUGGAAAAGGUUAUAUUUGUUGAUGCGGAUCAAGUUGUCAGGGCUGACAUGGGGGAACUCUACGACAUGGAUUUAAAGGGAAGACCUCUUGCAUAUACUCCAUUCUGUGAUAACAACAAGGAUAUGGAUGGAUAUCGAUUUUGGAGACAAGGUUUCUGGAAAGAACAUUUACGUGGUAAACCAUACCAUAUUAGUGCUUUAUAUGUUGUCGACUUAAAAAAAUUUCGUCAGACUGCAGCAGGAGAUAAUUUAAGAGUUAUUUAUGAAACUCUUAGCAAGGAUCCAAACAGUUUAGCCAAUCUAGAUCAGGAUCUUCCGAACUAUGCCCAACAUACAGUACAGAUUUUUUCACUUCCUCAAGAAUGGUUAUGGUGUGAGUCAUGGUGUGGUAAUGUUACAAAAUCUAAGGCAAAAACCAUUGAUCUUUGCAACAAUCCUAUGACAAAGGAACCCAAGCUUCAGGGUGCUAGAAGAAUAGUUUCUGAGUGGCCGGAUCUUGACUCUGAGGCUCGACAGUUCACUGCAAAAAUCUUAGGUGACGAAGUGGAGCACCAAGAGACAACAGCAGCAUUUUCUAUUCAAUCAGAUACUUCAAAAAGUGAUGCUUCCGCUAAAGAAUCAGGACCAUCACAUACUUCAACAAGUGAUGUUUCAUCGGAAGAAGACUCGGAAUCUAAAGCAGAGUUGUGAAAUUAACAUAUAGGCAAAUUCAAGGUCAGAUUACCUCCCAAGUUUCGGUUAGAAUCUUCGGAAUUCAAUUUGCUUUCCAUUAAAUAGCAUGUUUCAAGGUCGUCGCCUAUGAGCAGGUUGAAGAUUCUUCUCUUGCUUGCGGACUUUUGCUUUCAGGAUGAAUUCAUCAUUAAGAUACACCUUUUCCAAGCAAUUUUUUUUAUAGAUUGCUUCUGGAAUGGCUUGUUAGAGUUUUGGAGGAUUUAAGUAAAAGAGAUUUAUUUAUAGACCAGAAGAAAGUUUAAAAGCUUGAAAUAGUGAAGCUAAACCAUUUUUAAGGGAUAGAACAUAGUAGAGAAAUUUUGAUUAAAAUGUAACAUUUCACGGUAAUGGAAUGAAUAAGGUGUAAUAGUUGAAUAUGUUUACAAAAUUUUAACAUUAUUAAUCA